AUGGCGAGCCAGCCGCAGGUCAGUGUCAAAAGGCAGCAAGAGCUGCAGCUCCAAUACUCGACUUUCAAAAACACACUGCAACAACUUGCGCAAAAGAUUGGUGACAUCGAACAAGAGACCGAAGAGCACAAACUCGUAAUUGAGACCCUCGAGCCUCUCCCUCAGGAUAGAAAAUGCUUCCGGAUGGUUAACGGUGUCCUGGUCGAACGGACUAUCAAGGAUGUGAUUCCGUCGCUCAAGACCAAUUCUGACGGACUGAAACAGGUCUUGGAUGAGCUCCUCAAGCAAUACAAGGCCAAACAGACCGAAAUGGACAACUGGAAGAAGAAGAACAAUAUCCAAGUGGUCCAGCAGUGA